GGACCGCAGUGAGGGCGCAGGAUCCCAAAGACACAGAGCCAGAAAGCAGGAGGACAAAUCUGACUUAUUUUAGGGGUAAUAACAGAAAAGAAAACGUGAUUCCUUUUUUUCUUAUAUGGAUUUUGAUUUUCUUUUUUCCAACUCCUUUCCAGACUGGUUUCAUCACACCAGCAGCACUGCGCUUCAUUGGAAUGUGCACUGGAGCUUCUCCGGGACACGUCUGAAUAACAAGACAACGGAGAUAGAAUAGAAAAAAACUCCUGCACUCAUAAAAACUCCUUUAAGAAACCAAUAUGCCUCUUUUUUAAUGGGUCACAUUUCUUCGGAAGCCUUACACAUUUGUUGAGACUUUUACGCAUUUUGGAGACUUUGUCUCCAGACUGAUAUGGGCGAUGAAAAUGGACAUGUUGUCCAUUAACAGAGGGUAAUACGUUUUAUAAUAUUUUGUACCCAAGUGCAUUUGUUUUUUCCGGCGAUGAUUGUGCUUUUGGUUGUCCUGUGCGUCACGGAUGGAGUUCUCGCUCAGAUACGCUACUCUGUGCCGGAGGAGGCGGACCAUGGCACCUUGGUGGGGAAUAUUGCCGAGGACCUGGGACUGGACCUUACCAAACUGGCCUCCCGCCGCUUCCAGGUGGUGCCCAGCUCUCAGACACCGUACUUGGAGGUGAACCUAGAGAACGGCGUCCUGUUCGUUAGCGAAAAAAUCGACAGGGAGCAGAUCUGCAAGCAGAGCGCCAGCUGCCACCUCAACAUGGAAGUGUUCUUGGAGAACCCACUGGAACUGUUUCGGGUUGAAAUUGAGGUGGUGGACAUUAACGACAACCCACCCAGCUUCCCGGAGACAGACAUCACGGUGGAGAUAUCAGAAAGCGCCACUCCGGGCACCCGUUUCCCCCUGGAGAGCGCGUUCGACCCGGACGUGGGCUCUAACGCUUUACGCACGUAUGAUAUCACCACUAACAACUACUUUUACCUGGACGUGCAGACCCAGUCGGACGGAAACAAGUUUGCCGAGCUGGUCCUGGAAAAGCCACUGGAUCGGGAGCAGCAGGCAGCACACAGGUACGUGCUGACAGCGGUAGACGGCGGUCAGCCCCCCCGGACUGGCACCGCGCUGCUGGUUGUUAAAGUGCUGGACUCUAAUGAUAACGUGCCAGUGUUUGACCAGCCCGUCUAUACGGUGAGCCUCUCGGAGAACGCAGCGGUGGGCAUGCUGAUCAUACAGUUGAACGCCACCGACAUGGAUGAAGGACUAAACAGGGAGAUAGUUUAUUCCUUCAGUAACCAUAUAUCCAGCCGCGUAAAGGACCUGUUCAGCAUAGACCCGCGCACUGGGCGCAUCGAGGUGCGUGGAGAGGUGGAUUUCGAGGAGAGCAGCCUGUAUCAGAUCUUCGUCCAGGCCAAGGAUCUGGGGCCAAAUGCCGUGCCCGCGCACUGCAAAGUGCUGGUCAAAGUCACCGACUUGAACGACAAUGCGCCGGAGAUCACAUUCAGCACGGUCACCGAGUCAGUGAGUGAAAAGGCAGCUCCCGGCACCGUAAUCGCGCUGCUCAGUGUGACGGACCGGGACGCAGAGGAGAACGGACAGAUCCACGUGGAGAUCCUCGGUGAUGUUCCGUUCAAAUUAAAAUCGUCCUUUAGGAAUUAUUUCACCAUAGUGACCGACGGCCCGUUGAACAGGGAGCAGGCGGACUCGUACUCCAUCACUGUGGUCGCGCGGGAUAAAGGGACGCCCUCACUCACUGCCAGUAAAUCCAUCCGAGUCCAGGUGUCAGAUGAGAACGACAACGCGCCCACAUUUACGCAGCCUAUAUAUGAUGUGUAUGUGACCGAGAAUAACGUGCCAGGGGCGUACAUACAUGCUGUGACGGCCCUGGACCCGGAUAUCGGGCAGAAUGCUCUCAUCAGCUACUCCAUAUUAGAGUGUGACAUCCAGGGCAUGUCAGUCAAAACCUAUGUGUCCAUCAAUGAGGAGACAGGUUAUCUGUACGCACUCAGGUCCUUUGAUUAUGAGCAGCUGAAGGAUUUCACAUUCAUGGUCCAGGCCAAAGAUGCUGGCACCCCAGAGCUCUCCUCCAACGCCACAGUCAAAGUCAUUAUCGUGGACCAGAAUGACAAUGCCCCCCUGGUGCUGGCUCCCCUGGGAAAGAACGGCACAGCCAAAGAGCCUCUGCCCCGCUCAGCUGAGCCGGGCUACCUGGUCACCCGCAUUGUGGCUAUGGAUGCGGAUGACGGCGAGAAUGCUCGUCUGUCCUACAGCAUCCAGAGGGGGAACGAGAAUGGCAUGUUCAGGAUGGACUGGAGGACGGGUGAGCUCCGGACGGCGAGGCGGGUGUCGGCCAAGCGAGACCCCCACCAGCUGUAUGACCUGCUGAUUGAAGUGAGAGACCAUGGACAGCCGCCGCUGUCCUCCAGCGCCAGCGUGCUGGUAAUGCUGGUGGACAGCGUGGCUGAAGGCCGUGGUGCUGGGGACAGGGGAGGAACAGCGAAGGCCAAAGACGGGACCCUGGACCUCACCCUCAUCCUCAUCAUCGCCCUGGGCUCCGUCUCCUUUAUCUUCCUCCUGGUCAUGAUUGUGCUGGCCGUGCGCUGCCAGAAGGACAAAAAGCUAAACAUUUACACAUGCCUGACCAGCGAAUGCUGCCUGGGCUGCAGCUCUUGCUGCUCACGGCAGGGCCGGGCCCGCAAGAAAAAGCUCAGCAAAUCGGAUAUCAUGCUGGUACAAAGCGCUGGUAACGUCAGUGGGGCCAUUACGGCUCAAGUCCCCGUGGAGGAGUCAGGGAGCUUCGGCUCUCACCAUCAAAACCAGAACUAUUGCUACCAGGUAUGUCUGACUCCAGAGUCUGCCAAAACCGACCUCAUGUUCCUAAAGCCGUGUAGUCCGUCUAGGAGCACAGACACCGAUCACAACCCGUGCGGGGCCAUAGUGACAGGGUACACAGACCAGCAGCCUGACAUCAUAUCAAACGGCAGCAUUUUAUCAAACGAGACCAAACACCAGCGAGCUGAACUCAGCUACCUGGUUGACAGGCCGAGACGUGUCAACAGUUCUGCCUUCCAGGAGGCAGACAUGGUCAGCUCCAAAGACAGCGGCCACGGAGACAGCGAGCAGGGCGACAGUGACCACGACGCCACCAACCGAGGCCAUUCCUCCGGCGCCGACCUCUUCUCUAACUGCACGGAGGAGUGUAAGGCCCUGGGCCACUCCGAUCGUUGCUGGAUGCCGAGUUUCGUGCCCUCUGACGGGCGCCAGGGCCCAGACUACCGUAGCAACCUCCACGUGCCCGGCAUGGACUCAGUCCCGGACACAGAGGUGUGUGCGCUCGUGUGUGUGUGGGAGCGAAACAGAGGGGAGGAGGGAAUGAAUUUCACGGGCCGCGGGAUUCCGUUGGGGGAAUAUAUAUAUUUUUUAAACGAGAGGAAAAGGGUUUGCUAGCUCCUUUCGAGUGGACAUACCGGAGACUGCGUGAUUUUGCACAAUCACCCCAGACGACCAAGGCUAUAAAAAACCAUCAAGCGUUUAGUUCAUUUUGCCCUCCUUGCCCUCAUCCUUCCUCACCGAGCAAACAUUUUUAAAUAAAAUCACACUCGACUACACAUAAAAUGAGGAACGACCCUCUUUCUGGAAUUCCGAGGAGCACUGCCGGGCUUUGGAGGCACCACACUCCAGGGUUCAGGAGACGGUCGGACAUGGGGGGGUAUGGGUGCAGGUAGAUGGAUAGCCUUACCGGGAGGAGCCCAUCGUCUCAGCAGGACUGAGAAACUCACAGAGGAGGAAGGAUAGUGAUGGCGGAGAGAGAAAACGGACACUGAUCUCUCCAUCUUUUCCAAUCUGCGUGUGCCUGUUUACAGCACUGAUGUAUACAUCUUUGAGGGAAGUAAAACCACAUGAAGACUACAUAUGUAUACUGACAGACAAAUCAAAACCAGAGCCGCCCAGAAAAACCGCCACUGAGCCCUUUAGGCGUUUGUACUCGCAGAGAGACGCCAAAUUGUACAUGAGAAUCUUUGUGUAUUUCAAAGUGCAAUACCACUGUUUUAGAUUUUUCUAUUCUGUUCGUGUGGUCAGGUAUCUCUAUUCCGAUCUACUUCAAACUUUGUAAGAAAAGAUUGUGGGCAGGAUAUGUUUUUAUUUGUGAUUUAUUUUAUGAGUUCUUUUCACUUUUUGUUCUUUUUUGCUUUGGGUUUGGUUUGUUCUUUACAUCGUAGGCUUGGACAAUGUUUGACCUACACAUUUCUGAUUCUGAGACGUCAAAUAGUUUCUAUCAUGUGUGAGAAGUGUUUACUGUACUCUUUUAAAGUUUCAAGCUGAAUAUAAAACUCUAUAUAUAAAUUUAUCUAUAUCUUCUUGUUCUGAAGGCGUGAUAUCCGUUUGCUGGGUUCCACAUUCUGAUUCAGAGGUUUGACUUGUCUAAGUGCCCAUGAAGAAAGCUUUUUGUUUUUCCCAGCGGGAAAUAAGGAGAGACAGAACAGCCUUAGCAGAUGUAAAACUCAAGUUCUCAUUAUUUGACAUUAUUUCAUUAUUGGUUUGAAUUUUUCGAUAUUGAUAAAGAUCAUGUCUAUAAAUAAAAAUGACGUAAUGAUUUAGAUUGAAAUCCAUGGUAAUUCUGUGUCAUUGUAACCACAACUUUAAGGGUCCAUUUAUAAAGAAAUAGAACAAAAAUACGGCCAAAUGCAAAAGGUAUUGUACACAACGCAGUGGAAUCGAGUAUACACACAUUUAUUCUCACAAACACAAACACACCAAUAUGCCAACAAUAAACUGAAAA